GCUUUUUAUAACCCAUCGUAACUUAGUGCUUUGCGAAGAAUAGUUUUCCACAUUGUGAUCAUAUGAUGGACGCCACCUGUCUUAUCCGAUCAAUCGCGAAGGAGCUCAGCGUGGAAAACAACAAAGAAGCGAAAAUACGAUCGAUUGUUCGAAUGCGUCCCGUGCUGCGUGCCGUUCAACGCAAGCAUGUCAUUCCCUACGUAUUGUCCAUUGCAGAAAAGCACUUAUUCAACUUCGCCGGUGACAGUGUGUCUGCUGUUUCACUGUUGACUCCUAUUUGGGUGCAAUUGAUGCAGCGAUUGAAGAGUGACAAGAAGGAAGUGUUCGACUUCAUUGCAGUGCAAUCCCUCAGCAUGGAGUGCCUGAGGUCCGCUGUCGAGUUGUGUACGGACGUAAAUUCCUCUCCCACUUUGUCUUCCACACAUCGUACUUGGAGUAGUCUGGGUUUAUGCGUAGACGCAAUCAGUGUGGUUAAUCGAAGGAGGAGGCAAGAAGAUCGAUGGUUUGCCACGUCCGACCUCCUCAGCUAUGCGGCUGUGUGUGUGGCCGAUGAAAAUGGGCCCUCUAAAAACAAACCGGCAUCAUCCCCUCCUGUAUCUGCGAUUGCCGUAUUUGAUGGCCACAACGGACCAGAGGCUGCCGAACAUUGCUCUCAUCUGGCCCCAUACUUGCUCAGCUUGGGGCUGUCGAAGCAAUCCUCCGAUCAGUCGCCUUCCAUCACAGAUCUACUGGCCAAUCUGUUCUACGAACUCAAUGAAUCGGUAAAUGAGGGACACAGAAACAACCUUUGGUCCUCCGGAACCACCGCAACAGUGUGUGCUAUCCAUGGAGACUGCAUUUCAACUGCCUGGGUAGGAGAUUCACAAGCAUGGUUAAUAAACAUGCCAAAAGAACUCCAAGGAAAAGCACACUCAACCACUGGCCAAACCUGUCAAACGACAGAAUUCCACAAAUCUGAACCUCCACGGUGUGUCACUUUAGCUGGUUCGACGGUCAUCCGCCCGAGGUCCGAACAACUUAAUGGGCACGUUUCAGACAGCGUCGUCAAAACUAGCACAAGUAAUCAAGAACAAAGUCCUUCUCCAAUGGGUGUCCCACCCACCAGUCCUCGUGGUUUGGCACUUGCUUUGACGGACACGAUACACCGCCCCGAAUUUGCCAAUGAAUUUGUCUCCGUUGUUCGAACUGGUGGCACGGUCUCUACCGUCGUCGGCCGGGGUGAUGGUUACACUCCAGUGACCACAACCUUUCCCAGUGAAACUGUAAGAGCAUUCCAGAAGUCAAUGUUCAAUGAUAUCGUCCUUCCUAGUGCGGAUGCGCAGACUCUCCAAGUUCCUGCUCUGAGGGAUCCCAAUUUGUCAGACUGUCGCGUCGGUGGCUUGUCUUGCGUCAGUCGCGCCCUUGGUGAUGAUCAUAUGUUGAACGGUGUGUCCGGAUUACCGUCAGUGACCACAUGGAAGUAUAAUAAACAGGCGGGACAACGUCCGUUGUGUCUGGUGGUUGCAUCAGACGGAUUGUGGGAUACAGAAAACUGUUCUCCGGUCGAGGUGGCUCACAUUGCUCAGCGAUGGUUCACAGAACACACGGGAAUUUCUGGACAAGUAGAAAAGGGUCUUUCUCGAGAACUAACGCAGCUCGCCAUUUCCAACGGGGCGUCAGAUAAUAUUACUUGUCUAGUAUUAUGGUUAAAUCGAUGGAUACCGGAUGAUUGGACCUCACAUACCCAACCAAUACUGGGUAGGAACGUCAGAUGGCCACGCGGUACGCGAAUCACUUCUUUGGUAGAUUUUAACUCACUGGAACAAUUGACUGUACGUGGACCUAUGUGUCCAUCUCCGCUGUCACUGCAACAACGUAGCUCAAUGUAUGCGGAAACAGCAUCUAGCAAAGGGAUUCGCUACUCCAGCCCACCUCGUCGUAAGAGUUAGACGUGUCUCUCGUACUCUAUGUCAAACAUGUUUGAACAUAUCCACAAGGAAGCAGUUCUGGAUCUUCCUUCCCCACUGCUCAAACACAGGUUUCCCUUUAUCCUCCUUCGUUUCUUGACUCCACAGCAAGUCCCUGACUUCGAGCGGCACAGCUAAUCGAGAAGGAGGACAUUGAAGAGUUAACUAACCGGCUGUUUGCCUUUUCGCAUUUCUUUGACAAGCACUUGGUUCCGCUAAGUUCUUUCUUAUUUGACAUCCUUUGUGCCUUUGACUGGACAAUAAGCGUGGUUUCAAAACAGCUGAUGUGUUUUCUAUUUAUCUGGUUCAGUCAGCACACCUGGAUGUAGAUAUACCAACCAAAGUGGUGACAAUUUUUUGCCCUUGAUACUUUAUUCCCACUAAAGUCCGCCCUGGACAACUUGUCAACCAGUUUGCUUUUUU